AAUGUCUCACAUUCUAUCGGAUAUCCAACUAAUUUUGGAUUCGAUUUGGAUAAUAUCCAUAAUCCGAAAUAAGCAAAGAUUCAUUGGGUAUUUAAGUUAGGUUGGGAUCUCUUUGGAUUCAUUUUUAUCUGAUAGGUUUCAGUUUAUUUACCCAGCGCUAGGUCUUGUUUCGAUUUUGUGUUGGCGACAUUUGUAGAGUGAAGGAGAAAAAGAGAGAAGAGAGAGAUAUGGCAUGGAGGGGAAACAUAUCGAAGUCUCUCAAAGAGCUCAGGAUUCUUCUCUGUCAAUCUUCUCCUGCUAGUGCUUCCACCAGGACGUUCGUGGAGAAGAACUACAAAGAAUUGAAGUCUCUGAACCCUAAGUUUCCCUUCCUGAUUCGAGAAUGUAGUGGGAUCCAGCCUCAGAUGUGGGCUAGAUAUGAUAUGGGUGUGGAGAGGUGUGUAAACUUGGAUGGAAUGAGCGAGACACAGAUUCUGAAGUCUCUUCAAGAUCUUGUGAAAGCUGGAGGAGCUACAAAAGCCUAAGGUUGUUUGUUUUUAGCUAUCUAGAUGAUCCCGAAUAAGCUAUAACUGGAAACACUAUUUGACAUUUCCUGUCAUUCUAUUACUUUGUAACUCUCUGGUGUCAUAUCCCCUUUUCGUUUGAGUUGUUUUCUUUGUGUGUUGAAUCCUUGAACUUGGUGGUAUAAAUGGAACCAUUCCGUAUGAUUGUUGAAUGCAUAGAAAUGAGGAUAUAAACAUAGCAAAGUGUAAAAACCAUUUAAAGCAAUUAUGAUUAUUGUGAGGAUUUUACUUAUCAAAAAAAAAAUUAUUGUGAG